AUGAAGAAUACCGCUCUGGCUGCUAAUGACUAUUAUAUUUUGGUUGCGCUGGUCUUCACGAUGGCGUUUAAUGUCAAUGUUUUGAUAUCCACCAUAAAGGGAGGGUUCUCUCAGCACGUUAUUAGAUUGACCCUCGAGGAGAGUGUUGUCCUAGGCAAGACUUUCCUGGUAGCCACGGUCCUGUGGCCUUGCGCCAACACUUUUGUGAAGCUGUCGAUCCUCGAUUUCUACACCAAAACAUUCCCAAAUCGCACAUUGUAUUAUGCCGCAUGGGUGCUCCGCAUCCUCACGAUCGGGUACGGUAUUGCUACCGUAGCGACAGCCCUCUCGAUCUGCCGUCCUAUAGCAUUCAACUGGGACAAGACCAUCGUAGAUGGGGUUUGUGCGGACGUACCGAAAUAUUAUCUGUCUACCGCCAUCAUUAACUUACUUGUCGACUUCGCCAUCGUGUUCCUUCCUAUGCCCAUGCUAUGGGGCCUCCAAAUGAAAACCUCGAGAAAGGUUGCGUUGACAUUCAUCUUCGGACUAGGAUUCGGCAUCUGCAUCAUCUCCAUCCUGAGAGUUGUCGCAAUCCAGGAACUAGAUUAUUCGGAUGUCUCGUACAACAUUGUUUGGGACACUAUGUGGACCGUUCUCGAGCCAACCCUCGGUGUCAUCAACGCAUGCUUGCCAAUGCUGCAGCCGGUAGCCUCGAAAGCUAGCAACAGCCAACUAUUCAGCUACGCCAGAUCAGGAAAGUCGACUAAAGGAUCAGGAUCCACGAAACAGCUUUGGACAGCUAGUUCGUCAACUAGAGGCGUCCGCAGUGACCAUUCCAAGGCCAAGAAUUUCGUACGCAUACCUGGUGACGGGUACUCCCUCACGGACCUGUGCACGACUCAGAACGAUAUCAGCGGCACUACUAUUGAUGGAGAACAUGAGAGAGAUACUUACAUGGAAUCAACAAGGAAGGAGCCCGUAAUCAGGGUCAAGAAGGAUUGGGACGUGCAUUCCGGUGUGUAA